AUGCGUAUAUUUUUAAUAGGUCCCUCCUUUUUUGAAAAAACUGGGAUUUAUAAAUGGCUCAGUGCGAAUGGGCUACAGCUCCUUUUCCCCCCCCUGGAAAUAAAAGCAUCGCAUCUCAGAUUUGGAGAAUUUGAAAAGGGGCGACUUCUCCAACCCAAUUUGACACAGUUGUUUUUUUAUUUUGCGUUUUUGCAAUACGAAAAAAGGGAAAUCCUUCGCUUUUUGCUUUUUCAGGAAAAGCUUUCCUCUCCCCUGCAAGCUUUCUGGAAAGAACUACCAACGCCUCUCCUAUCGGUCGUUUUUUGCAGUCGCCGUUCUGACCUCCUGGAGAUGUUUUUCUGUUUAUAUAUAUCCCUGGUUUUUGCAAAGCAAAUGUUAGAGAGCUGGCGUUUUAACGGCUGGCUUCAGCUUCGGCUCGGCUCGAUUUUAAAGCGGCAAAAUUUGGGUUUUCCCACAAGCGCCUUGAAUUCUGAAUAA